AUGACUUCCAUUGAAAGAAUAUUUGUGAAUGUGAAAUGAAAUGUAAAGAAAAUGAGUAGAGCAUUUGACAUUUCUGUAGUGAAUGUUUAGCUUAGUUACCGAUACAUUCAUCUAAGCUGAGGAGAACGGACAUAUAAAAAGAUGUAGCAAUAACAAAAACAUCUUAGGUUAAGGACUACAAGAUACAUUCUUAGAGAUAUCAAGAUAACAGAACUGAGACUUUUUGAAUGAUACACAAACUGGACUAAUCAAAAUACCGACAUAAGAUGCAGGUCCCGAUUAUAAAGAAGGAGAGCAUGACAAGCUUCCAUAAGAAAUACUUUGAGCUGGAAGACCUAAAACGAGAUGUCAGUAAACAGUUGUCACGCAUGAACACACUGAAGCACAGAUACAUUGAAUGGUUUGAGUCGAAACACAGGCGCUUCCUGGAGGCUGUCAUGACGGUCCAAGUAACAGUUCCCUUCGGGGAUGUCCCAGUUCAAAUAAACACAAUAUCGCAUUUUAGAAAGCUGUAUCAAUACGGGCUGAAAUUCAAACGAGGAUUUCAUGUGGAUUUUACCACGCUUGAUCAGUUCUUGAAAUUCUGGGAUCAGUUCUGUCUUCUUAAACGAGAUUUGGAUAAUAUCGUGUACACGAGAACUAGACGUUUUGUUGCAAGCAUCACGAGACUGAGACAACCAGAAAUGUAUGAGGAAAUUGAACGAUUGCAUGCAUUCCUGAAUAUGGAGUUUUCCGAGGAUCAUAAUUUUCGGGAAACCCACAACGAAAGAGAAAACUUGUUCACUUAUAAGCUUUCGAUGUGCGACCAGAGAUUUCUGGGGCUCGUAGGAUAUAUGCCCCAUCUUGCAGACUAUUGUACAAAGCUCUGUUUUUAUGUUGGUAAAUUAUACGUUGAGAAAGAAUAAAACUCGGAUCAAAUCUCGAAGAUUAUCAUUGGCAUUAUUAGUUCUAUGGAUGUACAUCAACUCAAGUUUCAAAAUAAAAGACAUUUACAUUUUCACGUGGUCCCCAAUCAACCGUGCUCAAUGGCCUCCAAGUCACAAUCGCCGGAUGAAGUUUUCACCGCAGUCCAGCGUCAAAAUCGAAAUCGCCCCCUGCGCUUUUAAUGUCUAGUUUGACAAGGAAUUAUUUAAGGGAGAUGUCGGGUAGCUUAAACACAAUUUGGGCACUUAUUCAUGGUGGUUAAACAUGUUAUUCAUGGUGGAACAUUCGUGUAACAAGAAUAUAUGUUAUUCAUGGUGAAGCUUCCGGGUAACGAGAAUACAUGUUAUUCAUGGUGGAGCUACCGUGUGUGUGGGGAUGGGAUGAAAUUAGUUUUGAUGGAUCUGCCGGGUAGCAAAGACAUUUUUAAUUUUACAUGGGAUCAUUGAAUGGCGGAGAUGGCAGAGGCGAGAGAAACAUGAAUACAGCUAUUAAUGUUGAAACUACACGUAUCUAUGUCUACUUCAUGAGUUCACUCCUUUAUAAUUUAUGAUAAGAAAAACACAAGACAAUUAUAUUAAAAUAAAUUGCAUAAGCCAUCUAUUUGCAGCUUCGAACAUUAUUAGAAUACAAAACGGUUGAAUAUUAUAAAAAGCAGCACAUUCGAUUUCUACUAUGUUUAUUUCCUACUCACGCCCGGUGAUCGUACAAAAUGGAUGGAGGGGGAGUAAGCGAUUUCUGCAAGGAAACUCAACAAAUUUG